CGUUCUCCAGAGCGCACACCAUCAUUACGUGCAGCCCUCGCGGUCUCGCGGCUUUUCUCUUCCGCCAGUCAGUCGACGCCGGCAUGGCGCACGAGACGGACGUGUGUGAAAAAAUUUUCGACGCCAUUCGCAAUGCAGAUUUGCCGGCAGCCAAGCAGCUCCUUGCAAAAGCGCAAGGGGUCAACCUGGAGGCCAACUGGCCAGCCGGCGACCCUCCACUCGUCCUGGCGGCCAAACACACCCGCGACCCGAGUCUAUUGACUUGUUUGCUGGCGGCCAAUUGCGACAAGGACGCUCGUUCGGCCACCGGCGAGACGGCCCUGCACUGCAUCGUGGGUCACUGGGAUGACCCGGCAGAGGCCGUCAAGGUGCUCAUUUCGGCAGGGUGCUCGGCUAACUUGGCUGACCAGCUCAGGAAGCAGAUGCCGCUCCAUGUUCUUAGUAGAAGAUGUUCUCAAUCAAAAAAGACUUCUUUUGGUGGUUCGAGUCCAACAAAAAUAAUGCCAUCGUUAUCAACCUCUCUUGAGAUUCUCGCCAAAGUUAGCGACGUCAAUUGUGAGGACCACACAAAGAAAACGCCCUUGCACGUGCUUGUUAAAGCAAAUUGCAAUAUCAGCGAACCUUUCCUAACCCUCUUGGCCCACGGAUCUCAGUUGGAAAAGCAGAACGAGCAAGGCGAAACGCCGCUGAUAGAAGCGCUUGAGAGCGGCUCACUUUUUGCGGCUGAGCUUCUGCUGGAAGAGGCGGCAAAAAUGCAGGCAGAUGAUCAUCAGUGGCUCUGCUGCUCGACUGUUUACAGAGAAACGGCUCUUCACGUUGCUGCCCGGAAAGGAUUGACGAAUAUUGUUUCUUCCAUUCUGUCUCUUAAAAGCUCGGCCAGUUUGACGCAGGCCGAAGACCUAAAUGGCGACACUGCGCUUCAUUUGGCGGCAGGAAGGGGUCACUUGGAAGUGGUGGAAAAGCUACUGGCCACCGAAUCAGUGGAGGUGAACGCUAGAAACAAAAAGGGACUGGCGCCCCUGCAUGUUGCUGUAGAAAGUGGUUUUAUUCACGUGGUCAAAGCGCUGCUUCAAAAACCCACGUGCGAUGUAACAGCUCGCACCACCGAUGAGCGAAGGUCUUCGCCCGUGGACUUAGCACAACAGGAGUACCGCAGACGGUCGCAACCUGAAAUGACUCUAAUCCUAGUUCAAGAAGCUGAGAGAAGACAGAACACGAUGCAUGCCAUCGGUUAAGCAACGAUCAAAAUUUCUACAAAACUGCAUUUAUUUAAUUUGUACAAAUGUCAAAUUGUGUGAUAGGAGAACGAGAAUCAAAGUUUUCAAAGAAUAAAUAAAUAUUUAUUAAUGCAUUUUUGCUUGUUAUAAGAACA